CCGCCGCGCCUGCGCCCUCGCAGCUUCAAAUUCUGGUGCGGUUGUGGCGGUUUGUUGGGAUCAGCGGAGUAAUGGGAACUUGUGCUCUUUAACUCCCGAAGGAGAUGCGCUCUCGUGCACCGGUCAAAGCCUGCCAUAAAGUCUGCAGGUGCUUGCUGUCUGGGUUUGGCGGGCGAGUAAAUGGGGGGCAGCCGGAGCAGCUAACGGAAAGCAGUAGCUCCGGCGGAGGGCACCUGCGAUCGCAAGCGCGGCUACCCCGGCGCAGUGAGCCGAAAGGCGAAGCCCCGGAGUCUGGACAAGGAAGCAAGGAACUGUUAGAGAUCUGUCAGAGAAGGCGUUUCCUAAAUGGAACCAAGCAGCAGCUUAGCCGAGAUUCUCUUCUGAGCGGGUAUUACCCUGGCUUCGGACCCUUGGGCAUAGAGUUGCGGAAGAACCUGGCCUCAGAAUGGUGGUCCUCGGUGGUGGUGUUCAGGGAGCAGGUCUUCCCUGUACACUCCCUUCACCACGAACCAGGCCGUUCACUGCCCGGGGACAGUGGCUUCAGGUUAGUUUCUGUAGAAACUCUACGAGAAGUCUUGCAAGACAAAGAGCUGAGUAAGGAACAGCUUGUAGCUUUUCUUGAGAACUUAUUAAAAACGUCUGGGAAUCUACGGGAGAACCUUCUUCACGGUGCCUUGGAGCACCAUGUAAAUUGCCUGGAGCUGAUGAACAAGAAGCUACCUUAUGGCCUUGCUCAGAUUGGAGUGUGUUUUCAUCCUGUUUCUGACACUAAGCAGAUACUUAAUGGUGUUAAAAGAGUUGGUGAGAAGACUGAAGCUUCACUGGUGUGGUUUACUUCUGUGAGAACUUCAAGCCAAUGGCUUGAUUUCUGGAUACGUCAUCGACUCCUAUGGUGGAGAAAGUUUGCUAUGAGUCCAUCUAACUUCAGCAGCAGUGAUUGUGAGGAUGAAGAGGGCCGUAAAGGAAACAAACUUUACUACAACUUUCCCUGGGGAAAAGAACCAAUAGAAACCCUGUGGAAUCUAGGAGAUCAUGAACUUUUACGCAUGUAUCCUGGAAAUGUGUCUAAAUUACAGGGCCGAGAUGGACGGAAAAAUGUAGUUCCCUGUGUUCUGUCUAUAAAUGGGGAUCUAGACCGAGGCAUGCUGGCUUACCUCUACGAUUCCUUCCAGCUGACAGAGAAUUCCUUUACAAGAAAGAAGAAUCUUCACAGAAAGGUACUUAAACUCCACCCUUGUCUAGCCCCUGUUAAGGUGGCUUUGGAUGUGGGAAGAGGCCCAACAGUGGAACUGAGACAGGUUUGUCAAGGGAUAUCUAAGGAAUUACUAGAAAAUGGGAUUUCUGUGUGGCCUGGUUAUUUGGAAACUGUAUCAUCCUCAUUGGAACAACUUUAUUCAAAUGUGGCCCUACUGGGAUGAGGAUGGCAAUGCCUGAGCCAAAUCUCCAGGAGAGUCCCAAGACGCAGAGAAGCAGGCCCGUCAGCAUGAAUUCACUGUGGGAGACCGAAACACCUCCCACUCACUAAGUCCUUCCGGAGAGCCUAAAAGAUGCUUCCCUUACUGAAGCAAUUCAAAUGCCUUGGAGUGGGACACUGGUGGACCUAAGUGGUGGCUAUCUUUUGUCAGCCAGAGUUGGUGAUGGAAGAUGUUACCCAGGACUGGGCCUUGGUGUCAGUGGGAAUGACAGGACUCCACCAUGGCAGAGGUGAGGUGGUGACGCCGGAGUGGGGGAGGCAGGGUUAAUGUAAUUGCCAUGAUGGGUAGUAAUGCGGAGUGGCUGGGAUCCAGGCUGAGAGCCAGGCGUUCCCGGGAGUAGGACAGAUAGGCUGUCAAUGGCAAUGCUGUUUAUAUAGCCACUAAAGACCAAAGCAGAUGCCUGGAGGGCUGGUACUGGCACCGUAAUGGAAAACCAUGAAUUGUUUCUAGGUCUAACCCACUCCUCAUGUGCAUCAAGGGAUCCCCUUCAGUCUUUCCCUGAGGGUCCUGUAUCUCUUUAGCAGAGAAGCUGUGAACCAGGGAAAGGAGACCACCAGCUCACCCAGGGCCUUUCA